CAAAAAUGUUGUAAAGGGUCUUAAAACAGACAACAUGGCUGAUGUAGAGUUGGCACCUCUUCGUGGAAUUGAAGAUUUUUUAUUUGGCUCAGCCCGAUUUCAGAUCCCAAAUAUUAAGGAUCCGGAAAAAUGGUCUAACAGGGUGCUCAAUAAUUUGUUGUACUACCAAACUAAUUACUUUUUAACAGCAUUGGUAUUAUUUCUUGUAAUUGGAAUAAUUCACCCAAUAAAGAUGGUUCUUGGAUUUGCUGCAAUAUCUGUUGCAUUUGGUGGAUUUGUAUAUUCAACAAAUAACCAGUGGAAAGCAAGAAAGUUUAAGCGGGACCAUCCAUUAAUAAGCGUUGUGGUCAUUCUGGUUGGAGGUUAUUUACUAGUUUAUAUGUUUGGUGCUGUGAUAGUAUUUAUGUUUGGAAUUGCUUUUCCUCUAUUGUUAAUUUUAAUCCAUGCAUCGUUAAGAAUGAGAAGUAUGAAGAAUAAAAUAACAAACAAAAUGGAGUAUGUUGGUUUAAAGAGAACACCUAUGGGUAUAAUUUUAGAAGGCCUAGGACAGGAACAGGAGGCUGGUUCCUAAAUUAUAAAUCAACACUAAUGUUCCUGAAAUUAGUAACAUGACAUAUAGAAGAUAACAUCAUGUCUUCCAUAUGAUAUUUAGAUGCAAGAUGCUAGUGAUAAUGCUCAUCUGUUAUGGAAAAAAAUACAAGUGAAAACUUUAUAAAAGAUAUUUUCACUCUGUGACUAUAUUUAUAUAUUAUUAUUCACAUUGAUCAAGUAAUGCAAUCUCAGUUUUGGUAUGGUGACUGAAUCCCCAGAGAACUGAAAUUAACUUUUUACUAGUGAGUUAAUUUGUUAGAAUGAUCAAGGAUUUAGUUUUAGUCCUUUUGUAAAGGAAAUAAAUAUAGUUAAAGAACAAAAUGUAAUAAAUUGAAGUUUUAAAUUAUUGUGUGUGCUUAAUUGGUAUCAUGAUGUAUAAGAAUUUGCAAUGGUGCUGUCUUAUAUAAUCUUUAAUAUUUAAAAUGACAAAGAUAUUUUUUUUUCAAUUUAAACAUUCAUUAAUCAGGUUAUUAUUAAUGAAUGUUGAUGUGAUGAGCUAGUCCUAAGGAUUAAAUUUUGCUAGUCAUUCAUACCAGGGUGGGCCCCAAAAACUAUUACCCAUUCUGAUUGUGCACUACUUUUUUUAGAUGUGAAUACUUUAAUAUUUUUUUCAGAAAAAUGUCACAGAAGCAUGUUUUUAUUGGAUAGUAAUAGUCUCCUAUUUUGUCACUAUUUCUGAACACGUUUCAAUAAUUAAUAACAUACUCAAUACAUGCACCCCUUCUCAGAAUGGGUAACAUUUUUUUGGCCCACUUGAAUGGAUUGCGUCACACAGGGAAGAGUUAAUGAGAUUUUUUUUCAAACAUGCUGGGAUUAUUCCAUAGAGCUAAGGAGGAAUCCUAUCGAAAUUCAAUCCAGCCAGGCAAUGAAUGAUUUUCACAGAGUUACUGCCAUGUCAUAAUUAAGGAAGAACCCUAUUGAAAUUCAGACUGGAUCAUCAAGAAAUUGCCUAGUUUUUGCCAGACCCUAUUACCGGUAAUUUGAAACCACUGUUCAAAAAGCUGGUAGUUGGCGUAUAUUUGUUGUCUGGCAACACUAUGUUAGUUUUAGUUGUAAAAUUAGAAGUGUGCAGCAAGUAAUUUGGUCAGUUGCUUUAUUCUUGAUUUUUCUCUUACAUGUUUUUGUUUGUGAUUACACACUGUAAAAAGUAUGUUAGAUUAUCAGUGUUACCUAUUAAAGCCACUAAUUCAUAACUGACCCAAACGAAAAAUGAAAUCCUUUUCAUGGCUAAAUCUCAUCUUGUCUGUGAUAUGUCCAAUUACAAAAUGUAAAUUUUUCUAGAGAAACUGUUUUCUGUUCACUUAAAAAGUAUAUUAUUGUUAACCAUUAUCUGGGGUUUAGGGUGUGCAGUGCGCAAUAGAUUAAAAAACAAGAGCAAACAGAAGCUUUAGAAACACACAAUAUAAAUUGCGAAGUAAUUCUUAAUGAAAUCAACUAUGUUUGACCACAAUUCUUGUAAACACUCUAACUUUAUGAUAUGAUAUACAGGGAAACAGAUAGUUCCUCGACUUUCAUGUAUUUUAUAUUGUUAUAUUUACCAUGUAAAUUGAGAUUAUCAAACUUUUAUGUUGUCUUCAUUUGUUCUGCCUGUACAUUUGCUGUCAGCCCUUUUCAGAAAUGUAUUUAUUAAUUGAAUCCUUUUAUAUUGUGCAGUUGUAAUUUAGGUCCUCACUGUAUAUUUUGUUAAGUGUUGUUUGUCCUCUAUGUAUCAUUGAAAUAUGAAAUAAAUGGAUAUUAAAAGA